ACAUAAUCAUAUGUUAUGUGUAUUUGAAUUGCUAAUGGUUGAGUGCAGUUAAAUUUGAAUUUUACUUGAAGCUAAUCAACUAUUAAAACUUACUGAGGUUAGUCUCCUCAAUCAGUCCUGCGGAUAAAGAUCAGUAUCAUCGGCAAGCUUUUCGGUUAACAACUAGAACUUUAUAAAAUGGCAGAAGAAGAGGAUCCAUGGGCUUUCGAUGAGAAUGAUACCGCUGAAACAGCCCCAGCUCCAGCCGGAGGAGAUGCUGCUCCACCACCAGCAGAAGGAGGUGCUGAAGGGGCACCACCAGCCGAAGGAGAGGCUCAAGGUGACACACGUCCGCACGCCGAAGAUGACUCAUACAGGAAGCCCGUUCAAUUGUAUAGGCACUGGGUGAGACCUCAAUUCCUGCAAUAUAGGUACAUGUACAACUAUAGAACUAAUUAUUACGAUGAUGUCAUUGACUACUUGGAUAAGAGGCAAAAGGGUGUCAAACGGGAACCCCCAAGAGCGCAAACAUGGGCUGAACGAGUGCUGCGAACAAACACCAGGAAAUAUGAAGUUGAGGAUGCAGUUGAGCAUGACCGUUUCGCGGUCAAGGCGCUAGCACUGGAUUCUAGCACGCUACCCUUCACUUACCAACGCAGUGCCGCACAAAAGUCUCUGAGCCGAUCAAAGUCAAUGUUGGCCAUGAGGCGUUCAGCUAUUUUCGGCGUCAAUCCUUAGACUUGACUGAACCAUUGCAUAAA